AUGGCGCCGCCGCAUGUGCUGGCACUGGACUCUGGCGGAGUUUUAACCGACAAGUCGUCUGUGAAGUAUGACGGAAAAGAGAUAUACAAACAGACGCAGUGGGGAGCGUACGCGACAGUGCAGCUGUUCAUGGCGGUCCACGGUGCCAAGAACCUCCACGUGGUUUCCCGGGUUAACAAGGCAAAACCAAACCACUGGGUUGUCCAGCACGCCAAGGCGUUGGGCAUCUCUGUCGAGCAGGUGCAUCUGGUGCAACGUCGGGUUGACAAGCAGGGAGUGUCUGCAGAAAUAUCCGCCACACACGUCAUAGAUGAUAACUCGGAUGCCUUAUACGCCCUGGCGGUCGGGGCUUGGCGCUCUUUGGAGAGGGCGGUGCUGUUUGGUGGACAGAGCUACAGAAACCAAGGCCGCUACGACGACUGGCUGCGCGAGAGGAUGGUUUGCACGUCCAAGUGGACGGAUGCUUCAGCGGCUGCUUCGGCCGCGGCGAAGGACACUCCAAGCGACGACCUCUUCUCGCCCACGACUCCACUGCCAGACUAUUCACCUAUGACCCCGCCACGAACUGACAACAAGAGCAAAGUAGUAGAGAAGAGCACGGCUGUUUCGGCCGGAGAGCAGUCAUCGGCUGCUCCGGCCGAGAAAGAGUCGGUGGAGACUCCUCCAGCGGCAGCGGCUGCUCCGGCAGCGCCAGCUGCCACUGCUGAGGAUUUUCCGGCAGCGGCUGCUCAGGCAGCGCCUUCAACUGCUGAUGCUCGCGCGGCUGCUUCGGCCGAUGAGACACGAGCUCCAGCUCCGUCGACAGAGGUCGUCAAACUUAACAACGCCGGUGACAGGCCUGUCUUGCCCAGCAAAGCUAAGCCUGCUGUGGCUGCAAAGCGCGGAGGCGCCUCAACGGCCAAGAAGACAGCAGGGAAUGCCAAGGCAGCCCCGCGAUCGGACUCGUCUUCUUAUGAAUAUUAUUCAUCGUCCGACGACGAUGAGCCCAUGGUGGUAUUGCUGCCCGGCAAAAAGUCUGAUCGCAGGCACAGUGAGUCUGGGCAGCCGCCAGUUGCAAAGAAGCCAAAGGAUGCUUCGACGACGACAGAAGCCAAUCCUCAGAAACGUCAACGGCCGGAUGCCUCGGCCGGAGACCGCCGCUCGGCUGUUUCGGCCGAUCGCCGGGGAAGCAAGCGGCCAGCUGACAGCCCCAGGAUCUCUCUGAAACCAAACCCCGCAACCGAGAAGGAGACGAGCCGAGAAAAAAGCAGAAGACAUUCCGAUGCCGCGCUUACACACAACACAAAGCAGGAAGCAGCGCCACUUAGCAGGGCUGAGUUCCGAGAAGCUGUCAGCGAGAUGAAGGUCUUCGUCCAGGAGCAAGUAGCCGCAGCCGCAGGUGGAGCC